CUCGUACCACAAUAUUUCUCUAAGGUACAUACCGACUUUUUCCUUGAUAUGCAUCUUUCACCUUUUAAAUUUUUAACCUUUACCAUUUUAAUUCAAUGGCACAGAUUUUAACCUUUAAUUUUAAAAUUUUAUUUUUUCAAAACUCGCAUUUGAGUCGAAUCAGUAACCAUUACAGUAUCGUUAUUUGCACCGAACCACCCAACUUAUUAAACCCGUCUUCCUCGUUGUUCUCCCCCAAAACCAAAAAAAAAAAGAAAAAAAAAACUAGGGUUUUGUUUGUUCAAAGCUUGUUUCAAGCGACGAAUUGCAAGAAAAUGUCAGAUUACUUACCAAAUGAUGCGUUGUUCGACUUAUUAUCUCCUGAUGUGUUGAUCGACGUCCUCACUAGACUACCGAUCAAAACCCUCGGCCGGUGCGCUUGUGUCUGCAAAUCAUGGUACUAUUUGAUCACAAACCCUAGUUUCAUCACCACACACCUCAAUCGAUCAUCUCUUGUAAACAACAACCACCUUCUACUAAUACUCGGAGGCUCCUCUUACUGUCAUCUUAAAGAACGUUACUUACUACUAAAUGAAGUGUUCGAUAAAUAUGCAGAGUUUGAGUUUCCAGUGAAGGCUUCAGGCAGUUGUUUUGAGAUAAUCGGUAGCUGCAAUGGGCUCCUAUGCAUCGUCCAUUGCAAUAAUGAUUGUGGCUCUGCCAUCGGGGUUUAUCUAUGGAAUCCAACGAUUCAGAAGUUGAUGCGUCUUCCGCCAGCACGUUUGUCAUCAUUAUUACAGGGUUUAAUUAGGCAAACCAUGGGAUUCGGCUUCGACCCAGUGACUGAUGACUACAAGGUUGUCAGGAUUGUGUAUCCGGGUGAUCGAACUCUUCCGCAGGUUGACAUUUUCAGUCUGAGAACAGGCAGAUGGCGGAACAUCAGCCAUUUGGGUCUUCAAUAUACCAUCUCCGAUCUGGCUCCCCAGGCUUGUCUGAACGGGGCUGUACAUUGGCUUGCUGAAGGGUGGGUGAUCGUGUCAUUCCACAUGGGUAAUGAGGUAUUUAGCGAGAUCGUGGUGCCUGAUGGCAGCGGAUUCGGUUCACCUGGUAGUAGUUCUCUUGUUGCUAAGUUUCAAGAAUCACUUUCUCUGAUUCAUGUCCAGACUACUAGUAGCAAUUUUAAUUGUUGCAUAUGGGUGAUGAAGGAGUAUGGCAUAUCAGAGUCUUGGACAAAACAGUUCAAUAUUGAUAUGGAUACACCCUUGAUCAAAAGUGUAGCUGGGAUUACAUGGAAAGGUGAACUUCUACUUGCAACAGGUUGGAGUCUGACAGCUUAUGAUCCCAAAGUCAAACAAUUUGUUUCUCAUGAGUUGGAUGAAGAGUAUUUUCCUUUUACAGGAUAUGGUUACUCAUUUUAUGCAGAGGAUUAUAUUGAAAGCCUAGUUUUAGUCGCUUUUAAGGAGUCACCUGUUUUGCUUGAAGAAACAAGUAAGAAAAAAAAAUGCAUGAAAAAAGAAAGAAUGAAAAGAAGAGCAGAAAAAAGGUCAAGGCCGAGAUAUUGAUAUCUUUUUGUGUCUGAUGUGGAAGGAAUUCUUUCAAGUCUGUGAUGAGGGUGGACAAUCAAAAUGAGGAAGCCAGACAAGGUGGAGAACACUUGAAAGAGUGGAAGUGGCAUACUGAACUCUUUCCCUGUUUUUUUGUUACUUUUACUUUGCCUAUAGUACCUAAAUUGUAUGCUGACGCUCAUGAUGCUUUUGAACUCUUGGAGCAUUUGGGCUUGAUAUGUCUUUAGAUGUUCUGCCGAAAGUAUUUGUUAUCCAUUAUUGCU